AUGACAAACACCAAGCAGGGAAGCCAUGGAGGCUCAACGCAUAGCUCAGUGCCGAAUGCGAAGAAUGCUUCUAUCAGAGUUGGAAUUCGUGAUGGCGUCACUGGCGAGUUCAAUUUGGUACCUCGAGCAGAAGCUGUAGUCUCAGUUUUUGACUCAAAUUUCCUGAUUGGCGAUGGCAUCUGGGAAGGUAUCCGAGCAAACAAGGGCCGUGUUCAGUUCGCCAAAGAGCACAUCAACCGCCUUUUCCAGUCAGCGAAAGCCAUGUACAUGGACCUUGGUCUAUCCAAAGGAGAUCUUCUCGACCUCAUUCACAAGACACUUGAUGCGAAUGACAUGGGAGAUGAUGAACAUGUUCACAUCAGACUUGUCGUGAGUCGCGGUCUAAAGGCUACUCCUUACCAAAACCCCAAGGUCAACAUCGGCCUUCCUCUCAUCGUCAUCAUCCCCGAGUCCAAAGCCGUUGACCCCAACUCCAAGUCAAGAGGAUUGAGACUCGCGACAACAUGGGUCCGCCGUGGGCCCCCUGACGUCAAGGAUGAGCAGUGGAACCACAUCUCAAAAGCCACAGAUGUUCAAGCUUGCAUUCAUGCGAACGUGAUGAAUGUCGACGAGGCUCUUAUGCUUGACCUACGCGGCUUCGUCAAGACAUGCAACUCGGUCAACUUCUUUAUUGUUCGGGGUGAUGAAGUCUGGGCUCCUACCAAGGAUAACCAGAUGCAAGGAAUUACCCGUCAGAAGACCAUUGAUGUUUGUCGAUCUAAUGGCAUCACUAUUCGAGAACUGGACUUCACACUUACUGAGACGUAUGGCGCCGAUGAGGCUUUUUGCACGGGGACUUUCCCCUCACAAAUCCAUGUUACGGAAAUCGAUGGGCGGGUAAUUGGUGAUGGGAAGAGAGGCCCUUUGACGGAGAGGAUACAGCAGCUGUAUUCAGAACUUGUGAGGAAAGAUGUGGAGAGGUCAAGAGAGGAGAUCAAGGCCGAAGUGGUUAGUCCACGAGACUUGUCGUUCUUGAAGUCAAAACUAUAA